UGUGUGGGUGUGUGUGCGUGUGCACGCCUGACAGCUGCGUUGCGAAAAUACUGCGUAAGAGCCGGUCCAAAUAUUAUUUUAUCUUUGUUGCACUGUAUCUUAAACAAGGAUAAAAUGAUACUCGGACUACUCGGAGGUAUUUGGGUAGGAUUUUCGAACGCAGUUCGUUUUGUCAGGCACACAUUCCACACCACACAAGGCGCAAUCGUGAUGUCUGUGUUUUUAUGUUACAUAUAUGCGUUAUUUUAAUUCAACGAUUUUACUGAUGAGUCUGGGUGCUCGUGAGGCGACGACAUUCGAGAAAUAUAUAUAAUAUUAGCUUUUUCUUUAUUAUUAGUGUUUUAUUUCCAGAUAAUAAUUCUCGCACUGCAACACACAGUAUUGCAUGUGUGCCUAUCGAUACUGACUCAGUUGCGCUGUUGCUUUGACGGCCUUGCACUCCAGCUUCCUGCUGCUGCAUAUACCUACCUAUAAUCUGCAGUCGGUGAUAACAAUGGCUGGUAUUCCGACAAUUACAUUUUCGAAUGGAUACAAAAUGCCGGUGUUGGGCCUCGGAACUUAUAACUCUAAGAUGGGGGAUGUGAAAAGAGCUGUUAAAGACGCAAUAGAUCUAGGAUAUCGUCAUAUUGAUACAGCUUUCCUUUAUGGUAAUGAGGAAGAGAUUGGAGAAGCUAUUCGCGACAAAAUCAAAGAUGGUAGCGUGACCAGAGAAGAUCUAUUUAUUACCACAAAGUUGUGGAACAAUUUCCAUAAAGAAGAGCAUGUCGUCCCGGCCUGCAAACGAUCGUUGGCCAAUCUUGGUUUAGAUUAUGUGGAUCUCUUUUUAAUUCACUGGCCAUUUGCUUUCAAGGAAGGGGAUGAUUUAAUGCCUGUAGAUGCUGCUGGAAAUUUUUGCGAAUCGGAAAUCGAUUAUUUAGAAACAUGGAGAGGAAUGGAAGAGUGUGUUCACCAAGGUUUAACUCGCAGCAUCGGAAUCAGUAACUUUAACUCCGAGCAAAUUACCCGUUUACUCAAAUCGGCUAAAAUCGCCCCAGUUAAUAAUCAGAUUGAAGUUAAUAUAAAUCUAAAUCAAGAGAAAUUAGCAGAUUUUUGCAAGAAACGUAACAUAACGGUAACUGCUUAUUCUCCUCUGGGACAACCCGGAAAUGUAUUUGGCGUUGACAAUAGCUUAAAUAAUCCUAUAAUAUUGCAACUUGCAAAAAAAUAUAAUAAGACGUCGGCGCAAAUAGCACUUCGAUACGUGUAUCAACAAGGAACUGCGCCAAUACCUAAGUCUGUAACUAAAAGUCGAAUUAAGGAAAAUAUGGAAAUUUUUGAUUUCACGUUAACAUCCGAUGAAAUGAAUGCUAUUCGUAAAAUCGGCACUGGACAAAGAGUAAUAUUUUUCACACCUGCGAAGAAUUUUAAAUACUUUCCUUUUAACAUUCCGUUUUAAAUCAGUGUAAAGAGAG